ACAAGUCCAAGAUCAUCACACCCACUCCACUUUCUCAUAUUUCUUCUCUAACUUUCAAGAAUUCAACUCUUUCUAGUAGAGUAAUUCGCAGUCGAAUCACUUGAACACUGAUCAACGGCUACAAUUGUUGUCUUUCUUGUCGAAUCAAAAGCCUUCCAAUCACCCCCUCUUUUUCUUGAUCGCCAAAGGUUCUAAAUUCAAACAUUCAGGAGCAAUUCUGCCAAAACUCCGUUUUUCUUAAUUGAUUUCAGUUGGGUUUUGAUUAGGUGUCUCUCUUGCCUUUCUUUCUUUCCUUCCCUUUAAUCAUCUAUCUCUAUCCAAAUCUUCCUACAUUUGGAGUUAUUUCCUUGUGGUCAUUGAAAUGGAAGAUGUGAGAAGAUUGGCCGCUAAAAGUGCAGUAGUCAUCUUCAGCUCGAGCACAUGUUGCAUGUGUCACGCCGUCAAGAGGCUCUUCCGCGACCUUGGGGUCAAUCCCACCAUUUAUGAGCUCAAUGAGGAACCGAGCGGAAGGGAAAUGGAGGGGGCACUAGUCGAGCUACUAGGUCAUGGCCCAGCUGUGCCAACGGUGUUUAUAGGAGGACGCUUGGUGGGCCCGACCGAUCGGGUCAUGUCUCUCCAUCUCAAUGGAUCUUUAGUCCCACUGCUUAAAGCAGCAGGAGCUCUUUGGCUAUAGUAAUAAAAGAUACUGCUUUGAUACCAUGUAAAUAAAGUAAAAGUCACCCUAUUACAUCGGAGGUGGAAGGAAAUGUCCAAUCGUAUACUUAUGUUUGGAUGCACCAUCAAACUAAGUUGCAGCAACGAACCACUUGUUAUUGCAAUUUGUGCAACCAAACAAGACCAUAGUAGAAUUUUCACUUUUUAAAAAAAAAAUAUAUUAAAUUUUCUUCUCUUUUACUAUCUUUGUAAAGGAGUUUUCCCGUUACAACUAUCAAUGGAGGAAGAACUUUUUGUCUUCCCAGUGAUGUUAUAUCAAGCCUUUUUCUUAUUCUAUGCGAUGGUCGCGAAUCAAGCACUGAGGAAGAAAGAUAUAAAAAUGCUUUGAUCAGGUACUAUAAAGUUAUAAAAAAUUAUAUGAUGUAUGGUGGAGAUCUUUAGAAUA